AUGUCGUGGGAAGUUCUUCCACACGCAGCAUAUUCACCAGACCUGGCCCCAUCCGAUCACCAUUUGUUGCGGUCGAUGCAGGAGCACGUCGUAGUGGACAAACAGUUCAAAUCGUUGGACGAUGUGCGUAAAUGCAUCGACGAUGUCUCAAUUGCUUCGAAGCCUGCAGGUUUCUUUCGCGACGGCAUUCGUGCGCUACGUGAGAGAUGGCGGAAGGCCAUGGAAAACGACGGACAAUAUUUCUGUGGUUAA